GGACAGCUUGACUCGGGGAAACGCCGCCCGCAGCAUUGAUGAAGCUUAUGAGGAAUCUCCGAGAGCGAUUUUCGCGGCAGGAAUAUAUAAAGUCGUCAACGAACACAGCUCGCACUCUGUCAUCUUCAUCGCUCACCUCUCAGAUGGAAACUCUGCCAACAGAACUUCACUCCUCCAUCCUGUCGUUAGCGUGUGACAUGGAUGAACGCUCCGCGUUUAACCUGUUACUGGCUUCGAAGUACAUACACUCGGUCGCUCUGCCAUUCCGGUUCUAUCAUGUUCGCGUCUCCGAGCCAUCUAGGUUCGCUCUUGCUUUCUGCGCACUGGAACAGCAGCCCGCGCCUACCCGAGUAAUUCGUCACCUCACUAUUGGCGACGGCUCGACCAACUCCCAUACGCAGCGACGAUCCGGCCGAGGCGUCUAUAGCUCCAUCGGGCGACUGCUUGAACUGGCAUCGCCCACCCUUGACAGCCUGGAUGUCUCCCUAUAUCACAUCAGUACCGUCGAUCAGCUCCACGUUAUUUCAAUGUCUUUCCCUCGUCUCCGCCAACUCACCUUGUUCUGUCGACGACUCAACGGUCGCGCCAUCAAGCUUCCAACCAUGCCCCAACUCGAGUCCCUUCACGUCAUCGGCGAUAGUCUCCUCAUCGAAGAGAUACCACCCAUCGCGCCACACCUCCGAACCCUGCACCUGCAACGCUAUCCCAUCCCCAAGUGGUUCCUGGAACACCUGGAGACCAUCCGCGAUUCAACCGCGGGUCUUCCUCGCAAGAAUCCCAUCCCGAUCCCAGGAGGAUUCAUACCGCAUUCAGCUCCUUCGAACGAUGAUCUCCGCCGCGUCGAUCUCAUGAUCGCCUGCCUUGACAGGUUCACUGUGGAGCUCGGUAGACCCUGGUGUAUGGAAGCGCGUUAUGCCCGCUUGGACGUCGAGCGCCGAAGCUUCCUCGAUGCAACGCGCGAUGCCUUAACAUCACUUGCAACCCGUUUACCGGUCCUCGUGUUUCGAGAGGAGGCGUUGGAGGAAAGGUCCACAUGCGGAAGCUAG